GUCACACCGUCAGUUCUGUGGCAGACGGCGAGGCGGGAGGAGCUCGCAGCGCACGCCCCCAGCCACGUCUCCCAGCCCACGGAAACGCCUUGCCCUUUUUGACGGCCGUGUUUCGAGAUUUGCGAGACCAGACGAGCCGAGCCGCCCCUCUCGUGCUGUCCCUCUUACUCGCAUCUGUCUGUGCACGUGUGUGUGUUUGUGUGUGUGCGUGUGUGUGUGUGUGUUUGGACUCCCUGUGAAGCGGGCAACCUCAGUGUUCAGCCAGACGGAAAAAAGUGUGGUGUCCCUCCCCUCCCUCAUUCCUCCAGUGCCGUGAAGGAGGAAGGGAAGUAGGAGCAGGAGCAGGAGGAGGAGGAGGAGGAAGGCAGGAAAUAAAGAGACCCCGGAAGAGAAUCCCAGGAAAGAUGUAACGAAUGAAGGAAAUAACCGCAAUGAAGACUGAAGUAGCUGCCAAACAUACGGCGGCGGUAAUGUAAACCCACGCAUACACACACACACACACACUACACAUACACACACACACACAACACGCAACACACACACACACACACACACACACACACACACAUACACACGUACACAAAGGCGAUAGAUGAGUGUGGGCGAGAGAGUCUCAGCCUGGAAUAGAAUCAAGAUGCAUUACAGACUGCUGCUGCUCGCUGUCCUCCUCCUCGUGGCCCCACAAGCACUCAGCAAACGCAAGCCCUCACGCAGAUGCCCAGGUGGGGGUCGCCGCGAGGAAGGGGGAGGCUGCCCCACGCCCCCCUGUGCCCUGAGUCCUGUAGGUGUUCUGACGGCAUCGUGGACUGCAGGGACAGGGGCUUCACACACGUACCCUUACACCUGCCCGAGGACACCACUGAGCUACGCCUGGAACAGAACCUAAUCACUGAGGUGCCACAGAGAGCCUUCGCGCCCUUCAAGAGGCUCAGACGCAUUGACCUGAGCAACAACCAGAUCACGGCCAUAGCAGGGGAUGCCUUCCUUGGCCUUAAGUCCCUCGCCUCACUCGUUCUCUACGGUAACAAGAUCACAGAAUUGGCAGCCGGUGUGGUUCAGUGGCCUGUCCUUCCCCUUCAGUUAUUGCUUCUCAACGCUAAUCGAAUCACGUGUUUGAGAAGAGACGCAUUCGCAGAUCUACGAAGCCUCAACCUUUUGUCUCUGUACGACAACAACAUCAAGACGAUCCAGAACGGAACCUUCGAUACGCUGUCCAGCAUCCAGACCCUGCAUCUGGGAAGAAACCCGUUCGUGUGUGACUGUUCCAUCCAGUGGCUGUCAGAUUACCUGGAGAACAAUCCAAUAGAGACAUCAGGAGCCAGGUGUGAGAGUCCGCGCUGGCUGCAACGACGCAAGCUGACUGCUUUGGCUGAAGAGAGACUCAAAUGCACGGAUGGCACGGUAUCUUUGUACGCGGGGGAGUGCGUCACGGCGGAGGAGUGCCCCAGAGGGUGUACCUGCAGAGCCACCACUGUUGACUGUACCGCAGGGGGCCUCACUCACCUGCCUGACACCCUGCCGCCCUACACCACUGUGCUGCUGCUGUCAGACAAUGAGCUGCGUGAGGUGGGGGGGUCCACGGCACUGGGCCAGCUGUCCCGCCUGCGCCGCCUGGUGCUCGCCAACAACCAGCUGCGGCGCCUUCCUCCAGCUGCUUUCCAGGCGGUUCCCUCCCUCCACCACCUUGACCUGUCUGACAACGACCUGGUGGAGGUGAACAGCCGCAUACUGAAAGGCCUGCCUCAUCUCAGAGCACUAUCCCUGGCAGACAACAAAGUCACUUGCAUCUCACCCGGCGCCUUCACCCAACUACCUGCACUCCGGGAAAUAAACUUGGACGGCAACCCUCUGCACUGUAACUGCCACAUGAGCUGGCUGGCGGAGUGGCUGCGGUCCCACGGCGCACGCACAGGAAUACCCAAGUGCCACUCCCCGCCCCCCCUCAAGGGCACUCUCAUCACGGACGUGCCAAGCUCUCAGUUCUUAUGUGACGGGGACGAGGCGGGCUGCCUGGGAGUGGAGGAGCAGUGCCCGGCCGAGUGUCACUGCGAGGGCACAGUGGUGAGGUGUUCCAGGGCCAGGCUGCAGCACAUCCCAGCCGGCAUCCCCUCCCACACCACUGAGCUGUAUCUGGAUGUCAAUGAAAUAAUGGAGGUGGAUGCUGACCGCCUCUCCCACCUCACAGCUCUUACUCGCCUGGACCUCAGCAACAACCAGAUUGCAGUGCUGCAGAACAACACCUUCGCCAGCCUCCACCAGCUUUCCACCCUAAUCGUGAGUUACAACAAGCUUCAGUGUCUGCAGAGGGAUGCAUUGGCCGGCUUAAGGAAACUGCGCAUUCUGUCACUGCAUGGCAACGAUGUGUCAAUGAUCCCGGAUGGAGCAUUCAGGGACCUCGUCCUCAUCACACACAUAGCAAUGGGCGCCAACCCUCUCUACUGUGACUGCUCACUGGCCUGGUUCUCUGACUGGAUCAAGGGUGACUUUGUGGAGCCUGGCAUCGCUCGGUGUGCUGAGCCAGCUACCAUGAGAGACAAGCUGGUCCUCACCACCCCCACGCAGGCCUUCAAAUGUGUUCCCUCAGUGCCCGACGAGGUCCAGGCAAAGUGUGACCUCUGCUACACACACCCAUGUGAGAAUGGGGCCACCUGUCGCUCCCUGGCCAACCGCAGCUAUGAAUGUGAGUGUGCGCCUGCUUUCUAUGGACCAAACUGCCAGUACAAGAUUGAUGCAUGUUACGGCAACCCCUGUAGGAACUUUGGCACCUGCAAGAUCCUGGAGGCUGGUCGGUUCAGCUGCCACUGCCCUGCUGGUUUUGAGGGUGACCGCUGUGAGAUCAACAUUGAUGACUGUGUGGAGAGCAAGUGUGAGAACAACUCCACCUGCAUUGACCUUGUGGAGCAGUACAGGUGUCAGUGUCAUCCAGGAUUUACAGGUGAAUACUGUGAGCGCAAGAUUCCCUUCUGCAGCAAGGAGUUCAACCCAUGCAAGAACGGUGCCACCUGCCUCAACCACAACACUCAUUAUGAGUGCCAGUGCCUCCUUGGCUUUGCAGGAGACAACUGCACUGAGAAUGUGGACGACUGUGUGAACCAUCUGUGCCAGAAUGGAGCCUCCUGUGUUGAUGGCAUUAAUGAAUACACAUGUAAGUGUGUGAACGACUACUCUGGCAAGUUCUGUGAGGUGGGCCCAGCCGUUUACUUGCAGACCUCACCCUGCCAGCACAAUGAUUGUCAGAACGGAAUCUGCUUCGUGCCACCAAACUCCAAGGACUAUGUGUGCAAGUGCUCCCCAGGAUUCUCAGGGAAGCACUGCGAGUACCUGACAAGGGUUCACUUUGGUGCCAACGACUCUUACCUGGCCCUGGAGCCCCUCAAGACACGGCCUUCCUCCAAUGUCACCCUGCACCUGCGCACCACCCAGAAGGACGGCGUGCUGCUGUACACAGGUGACUCGGCACACCUUGCCGUGGAGCUGUUCAUGGGCAGGGUGAGGGUGUCCUAUGACGUGGGUAACUAUCCUGUCUCCAACAUGUUCAGCUACGAAAUGGUGAACGAUGGCAUCUGGCACACAGUGGAACUGCUCACCAUCAAGCAGAACUUCACUCUGCGCAUCGACCAUGGCACCGCCCGCUUCAUUGUCAAUGACGGCACCAACGAGUACCUGCAGACCACCUCGCCCCUCUACAUUGGCGGCCUGCCCAGGGAAGUGGCAGAGGAGGCAGCUAAGAAGUGGCACCUCAGGGACACUGGGAGCUUCAUUGGGUGUCUGGAGCGAGUGUACCUCAAUGGGCGGCUGAAGGAUCUUGGCUCAGGGCAGCAGCACAAGGUGGCGCCAGGGUGUGGAGGGGAGGAAACAGUGAGGGACCAGGGGCAGCGAGGGAUGCAGGGGGUGGUCAUUGCAGCAGAAGGUGAAGGACCUCUGGUCUCUGGCACCUCCAAGGUCACUCAGAGGCCCGGUGGUCCUGCCAUGGAUGAACAGGACUGCCCUCACAACACUUCCAUUGCAAAUGAAAUCCAGGUCCACCCACCUGUGCUGGAGGAGACAGAAACACCUGCUGAGGAGGAGGAAUCAGGAGAUGAGGAGGCAGCCAGGGUUGACCCAUGUGAGAAUCACAAGUGUCGCCGUGGCCGCUGCAAGCCACGUCGCAAGGCAGAUGGCGCCACAGACUACAAGUGUCGUUGCCGGACAGGGUGGUCAGGCCGCUUCUGUGACCAAGCUCCCACAUGCCGCAAGGAGCAGUUCACCGAGUACUACGUGGAGAAUGGCUGUCGCUCCCGCCGGCCCAUCAAGAACGCCAUCUGCAGUGGCACAUGUGGCUCCCACUGCUGCAAGCCACGUCGCACCAAGCAGCGCCAGGUUCGCCUCAUCUGUAAUGAUGGCACGUCCUACAAGAAGGAAAUAGAGAUCAUCAGGAAGUGUCGGUGUCGCAGGAGGUGUUACUGAGGUAGUCAUGCCAGUGUGGAGGUGGAGUCAUGUUAAGUGCCACAGUCAUAACCAGAUACAGGAACCACUUUUUUUUUUUUUUUUUUUUUUUUUUUUUUUGGCACUACCCCAUAAGUCAAGUAUUAUCUGACACUCGAGUCAUUAUGGAUUGCCAAACUGCAGUGGAAAGUUGGUGGACGGCUGUCGGAAGCGACACAGGGAGGCCUGGUGUGCUGGGCGUGGCUUGGGGAGUGUCCCUUGCUUGUGCACCUGGACACUGGCUGAUAGGCAGCUCAGUGGAGUUGUGUGCUGGAGAAAGUGACUUAUUUCUCAUAAAACAAACAAAAAAUAAAUAAACAAAAUAAAUAACUCAAUAAAUAAAGAACACUAAACAGUGAGAAGGAAGAAAGUAGAAAGUGUAGAAUGCUUUGAAAGACAUACUUAACAACAUGAAAUGGCAAAGACAGUUGACCUGAGAAAAGCAGAUAUUGUUUGCCCUUGAGGUAUAUGAAGCAACCUGAUGAACAUAGGCUAGCAACCAUACGCUGCACAAUGAAGACCCAGGAGAGUAGCACGGCAGAUGGACAAAGGUGUUAGAUAUUAUCAAAGUUUAGAUCAUUUGAGACGCAUUGAGAGCACUCCCUCCUUAUAACUUACAGUUUCAUUUGGAGUGGUGUAUUGCAUGUGUAGUUCCCAUAUCUACUACUAUCCUUAAGACCAGCAGCAGCAGCAGCAGCAGAGUAGAUAAAUAAUAAUAUUAUUAAUAAUAAUGAUAAUAAUUAUAAUAAUACACCUUUUACCCUCACUACGUACCUCAUAAGCCAUUGUGUUUGCUAGCUGUGGAAGCUUACAAUGUGUAUGUCUCCUAUAUCAAAACAUUACAUGUAACUGUUUUACAUAGCUAAGGCAAGUCUGUGUAUGAGGAGGAAACUUUCUCUAAACCACCUGCUUAACUAUUAUCCAACUCAUAAUAUAUAUAUAUAUAUAUAUAUAUAUAUAUAUAUAUAUAUAUAUAUAUAUAUAUAUAUAUAUAUAUAUAUAUAUAUAUAUAUAUAUAUAUAUAUAUAUACACACAUAGAUUUAAGUGUUUAAAAAUGUAUAUAGUGAUUAAAAAGUAACUAUUCAAUCCUGCUUUAGUUUAUAUUAUAAAAGUCGACAAGUGAAGUGAUGGAAAUUGAACACCUUCACAAGUCAGUUAUUCAAAGUUUUAUAGAAACUCCAAGAUUUUUUUUCUACUCGUUUUGAAGUAUGAAGUAUCAGAUCAUUAAUAUUUUGUACAGAUGCGGAGACAUAUCUGUGCUAUUAUAGUUUCAGAUGUAGUCUAGUCGGUCAGCCUUUCUCAGUGGUGCUAACCUAGACUCUAAAGCUCUUGUCAAAUAAAUAAAAACUCAAUUCUGCUCAACAUUCAUCUCAAAUCUUCAUCACUUGGCCACAUUUGAACUAGUGAGAAGGAAGAGCCGCCUGAGGGAGGCUUGGCUGUCUACUGUAGCAUAAGCUCCUUGCCUUUGUGCCAUAACUUCUGAGUGUCAGGUCAGGUCAGAAGCUUGGCUCCAAGUUCCUAUUUAACCUUAUUCUCAGCAGCCCAGUUUUCUGAUCUCCUUUGUUACUUACCCUAGUAAUGAGCAACAAGAAUACCUCCCUCGACUCACUUGAGUGGUCCUGGCCUAUGUAGAUGUUAUGAUAAGCUUGCCUCUGCCUGGCCUGACUCAAUUAUAGAAAUAUGUAAAAGUGUCUGUUAACAGCAUGACAUCAGGUGAGGUUCACAAAGCUGGGUCUCUCACAUCAUGUUGAGUUCUCCCUCUACCAACACUUUACAAGCACCAGCUAUACUCAUGUCUUGUUGUGUUUCCUACUUCUAUACACUGAUGCAGGUAUAGACCAAGCCCAGACCAGUAGUGAAAUGUCUGCCAUUGGUGCUCCAAGAGUUGAAGAAGUCAGACAAGCAAAAUCCUUUCCCAGAUGAAGAGAUGAAACAACCAAAAUUCUUUCCUAACUGAUCUCAGGCAAAGUCCUUCCCCAUUGAACUCAGAGGAACCAAAUCCUUUCCUAACUGGACUGCAACAACCUAAAUCCUUGUCCAAGUCACUUUAGGAUCUUGAGACACACUUUCUUUCCUGUGUCCAUCACAAGAAGGCAUACAGAUGGCAGUACGAGUUUCUUCCAGUAAUGUGAAGAUUCUUUAUCAUGUAACCUUGGAGUUUUCUAUUCUUGUCCUGCUUUGGAUUAUAUAAUACCUAGAACACUUCAAGAGAACUUCCUGUGACUUUCUCCUGGAGACACAAACCCCUUCAACAGAAUUUUCCAUUGAUCUUCAUACAGAUGUUCUUGAAUCAAAACAACCAAGUCAAUCUCCUGAUGAAUCUAGCCUUCUCAUUUUCCAUAAAUUAAAUACUUCACUAGAACUUCCCACGACUUUUUUUCCUGGAGACACAGAUCCCUUAACAAUAGAAUUUUUUAUUGAUCUUUAUACACAUGCUCUUAAAUCAAAAUAACCAUGCCAAUUUCCUAAUGAAUCUAGCCCUCUCAGUUUCUAUAAGUUAAAUGUUAUCAAAGCCACACAAAACUCAUGGUGCAUCCUAACAAAAUAUGUGUGAAUUAUAGUAAUGUGUAUCUCUCUUCAUACUUUACUUACACUCAUCUUGCUCAACAUGUCACCUCAGAUACCUCAGUGGAUGUUGUUGAAGCUACCAGUAAUGCAGCCAUGGACUCUAUCACCUCAUUAUGCAGCAUCUCAUCCCAUUGUUCAGCUGUUAUGAUGGUUUCUGCAUUUAUUCCUCUCUCUCUCUUUGUGAUCAGAUGUACUCAUGCCACCAUCAGAAAAGCUACAGUGGCAUUUUUUUUUUUUUUUUAAGUUUUACGCACUUUCCCUUCCUCAUCUUGCAACAAAAUAUUGGCAAUCAUCCCAAGAUUCCCAUAAAAGCAACUUGUAUUUUUCUUUACUCAAGACAAAGCAGACUAUAUGUACGUUUCUGCUUAUACAUGAUCAUAUACACAAAGCUGUACAAUUCUGUGGUCACAAUAGUUUCCUGUAUAACAGUAACAAAUGAGGGUACUCAAGGUGUGUAUAUUUGCUGGUUUCAACCCUUGUUUGUAAAUAUUUUCUGUAUGCUGAGUCAGAAGGCAGCAGCUGGGACGUGCCAGUGAUUUGGGUGGACACAGGUGUUGGAGGAAAUGGAAGCAGAAUGUACAUACUUGUCUUUGUUCUAACAUUAAAGUGUAUGAUUGCGGCUCUUCCCAUCAUCUUCAAUAUGAUUGCAACUUGGAAUUGCAAAACCUAUACUUUCAUCAUGAAAUUACAAAUAAAUUAUGGGUUUUUAAGGCAGUAAAAACUUUCCUUUGAACUUCUGUGGCUUUCAACACCACCAAUGACUGAUCUCCAUUGGCCUCCCUCAUCAUCCACCCAAUUCUCAUGAGCAGAAUACCUUAUAACCUUCUGAGAUGUACAAAACUCCAGUCUUAAUGAUAAUAUAUAAUCUGAUAUGUCC